AUGGCGUCCUCCAAAGCAGAUACCGCAGUUAGCAAUUGUUCCAAAGAAAAUGUCCGUAGUAGCGGUCCCUCGGGUGACGCAUCGGACAACCUCCAGAGGUAUUGUCUUGAUGAUCUGAUGAGCAUCGCCACAGUAGGCACUGGAACUUUUGGUCGCGUAUACCUAGUUCGUGACAAGAACAGCAGGAUCUUUUAUGCCCUGAAGCAAAUGAGGAUACCUGAUGUGAUACGCCUGAAGCAGGAGCAGCAUGUACACAACGAGAAGGCGGUUCUAAAAGAGGUCAACCACCCCUUCCUCAUACAACUGUUUUGGACGCACCAUGAUGAAUGCUUCCUUUAUAUGCUAAUGGACUAUGUGCCCGGCGGCGAGCUUUUCAGCUACCUUCGUAGCCGAGGCCGCUUCAGUAACACCACUGGUCUCUUCUACGCCUCUGAGAUUGUCUGUGCUAUUGAAUACCUCCACUCCAAAGAUAUAGUUUACCGUGACCUGAAGCCAGAGAACAUCCUGCUGGACAGGGAAGGGCACAUCCGGCUGACUGACUUUGGCUUUGCCAAGAAGCUUUCUGACAGAACCUGGACUCUGUGCGGCACUCCAGAGUAUCUUGCGCCAGAAGUCAUCCAGAGCAAAGGUCAUUGCCGUGCAGUGGACUGGUGGGCUCUUGGCAUUCUCAUCUUUGAAAUGUUGGCUGGGCACCCACCAUUUUUUGAUGACAAUCCAUUUGGAAUCUAUCAGAAAAUUCUGGCGGGAAAACUAGAUUUCCCGCGUCAUCUGGAUUUUUAUGUCAAAGACCUAAUCAAGAAAUUUCUAGUAAUUGACCGAGCUAGACGACUUGGGAACAUGAAGAAUGGAGCAGAUGACGUAAAAAAGCACCGAUGGUUUAAGGCCAUUGAAUGGGAGUCUGUUCCGUUAAGAAAACUGAAACCGCCAAUAGUUCCCAAAGUCUCCCAUGAAGGCGACACAACUAACUUUGAAGUUUAUCCCAAUGAUGAAUGGAAAAAGGACCCAUCUGUUCCACCAAGGGACUUGGAGAUCUUCAAAAAUUUCUAA